AAUGCCGACUGCACAUAACAACAAACCGAAUUCGGCUUGAUUUCGAAAUUCAUACAUAAAAAUACAGCCAUAUUUUCAUAGCUGAUUAAAAUCCUGUAACGUUGCAUAUUUGCUUUCUCCUCUAACCUGACAUCCAAAUUCGGACUGAUUUCGAAAUACAGCUAUUCAUAUUUUCAUAUCGUUUUAAAUAAAAGUCGCCUUUUUACCCAUGGAGAAUACAAUUUCAAGAGUGAAGUCCUUCAUAAAACGGUUGUGGAACUCUGGGCGGAUAUCGCUGCAUGCAACGUGUCUCUUAACGUCAGCCUAUUUCGUGCAAGACGGAUUUGUCACGGUGGUAGAUUCGCUUUUCAUCCGAUUAACCUCCUCCUCACUGUUACAGCAAAACGACACAAGUUGGCGUCUCUGGGAUGGAUUCAUUCUUCUAACGCUGGGCUACAUGUGUGUCCUUGGGUUAGAAAAUGGACGCCUCAACCUGGUCCGCUGGCCCACCUUGCUCCUCUUCAUUUACAAAGUUGUCGAAUACUUUGUGGAACAAGUGUUUCGACAACUGCGCGAUAAAAACAACCCAAGCGCGACCUAUUCCGCGCUCAACUCGCCGCACUCGCACCGCUUCGAGUGGACGGGUCACUUCCUCAUCCCGUCCCUCCAUAUCGUUUCCGUCACCCUGUUUUUAUACCGGUUCGUCAACAAAUACAACUACAGCGGUCCCCACCGCUUUAAACAGCUCGCCAAAUUUGUUCCCCUCGCUAAUAAAUCGGGGUCCCGCCGGCGGGCCGCGAUUCGGCGGGGAGAAUAUAGUUACCAUAAGGAUUCCAGUACUGCCUCGCUGAUCGAGCAGCCCCCACCCCCGCCGCCGCCGUCCCCACCGUCCCAACCGGAAGCGGAAAUUCAAAUGACGACGACGAAGCGGAAGAAUAAUAAAUUGACAAGAAAAUUGGUCACGACGACGUCCUUCCAUUUGAAAGAUAAUGACGAAGAAAUGCAGUUAUGCGGCCAAAGUGGGGAUGAGGAGGAAGAUGAUGAUGAAGGAGACGCACGUGUUCGUCUGUUAGAAUUUGAUGAUCGGGAUGAGGAGUAGGAAAUUUUGUGUGAUUUUGAAAAUAUGAAUUGACCAGAUUUUUGCAAGUUUUAGUCCAAUUUGACAUGUUGAAGAGCGAUAAAAGCUAAAAUUUUAAUUUA